UUCGAUUUGUUUUUUUAAUCACUGUGCUUCCAUUCAUUUAAUUGCAGAUAUUAAAAAAGAGCUUUUCCUUGCCAGGUUAUUAAUAUCUCUGCUCUCGUGCAAAUUAUUGACAGAAAGUAUUUAACAAUACUUAAUCGCGUGUCUUUGUGAAAGAUGACAGUAAGUGAAAUUAAUAGUAAGCAAAUGCUUCUCAUUUAAGGAACAUUUUCUUAAGGGAGAGGGAAAAAAGAAGCCAUUGGUUGUUAGCAGCUCACUUAUCACUCUCACCUUCUGAAAGGGAAAGAACAUGUUUACAUCUUCCAUCUUCAUGGAAGUCCUAUAAGUUAUCAAAAGUUUGUGAAUUCGAGUACUUGGAGGACAGAGUCGGUGAGUAACUAAAGAGACAAACACAUCAGGCUUAGGAAAUACAUGGAGCUGAAAACAGCAAGAGGCAGGGAGAGUGUUCAUUUGAAGUUUGCCCAGCUCCUGCACAUUUCUAGGCAUCUGCUGCUAACCACGUUUAGAAAGCAGGAAACUGAGCUCAGUGGACCAUUGAUCUGAGCCACCGUGGCUGUUCUUAUGUGCAGCGUAAUCAAUCAAAGCAUCCCUCAGUGAGUCAGUAGCCUCCAUUCACUAGGGAGUUUCAAAAGCUCAAAUGACUCAUAAAAUAAUUUGGCUUCCACUUACAAAUCAGAAUUUGGAGAUACCUAAUUCUGCAGAAUAUCUUUUCACAUGGUAUAGCCAACACAAAGUAGUAAUUAGAUGGGAAUAGAAAAUCCACAAUUAAGUAUUACUGGCUUAUUAAGCCUUCUCUAGGUCAAGGCAAGAAAAUAUAGGAACACUGAAAUGAGAAACAAUUUGUAUCAUAUUAAUAGGUUAGUAUUUUUCUUCCAUUUUGCCCGUUACACAACUUCCAUGCUUUUCAGCACAUCUUCAUUUUUAUUAAAACCCGAAUCUCCUGUGAUUUCUUUUUUUCCAGCAUCACUACUGAGAUUAGUACUAUGUAAAAACCUUUGAAGUGACAGAUCAAUUUGGGUGUGGUCAAAAUACAGAAAAUAACUGCAUGCUAUGUGUAGAUUCUGCUCCAGAAAUAACAGUAGUUGUUGUUGCUAUAGCUAUGGCUUACUGUCUUCUGUCCCAAAAAUACAUCUAAAAGAUAAGAAUACUAAAAUUCAGAAAAUAAUAAACCACCAAAACAAGAUGGUGUUGAAAAUGCAGUUGGGAGAUCCUUUACUACACCUGUGUUAUGGGAUUAGUAGUUUCACUCUCAUAUGGUGAAGAAACUAACAGAAAAUGGAUGGAUAUUUUUAGCUUUCACCAGUAACUCAUGCCCAAAAAAUGGAAAACCCAAAGUGGACCUGACACGUUGCCUAACUAGCAUGCUCAUCUCUGCAUUAUUUCAAUCCCAGUCUUCCCUACCACUCCUGGGAAAACUUCAAAUGUUAUUUAAAGUCAUUUUUAUGACAGUUAUAAAAGGAAUGCAGAGAAACAGUAUUUUACUUGAUUACAGUUCCUGCACAGCAUCUGCACUAUUCAGCACUAUAAUUUUUCAUAUGCGUUGAGCUACGUUUCUUUACAGUAAGCAGGGCCAGCAUUUCCUCUGUCCUCAGAAGACCUCAAGAAAGCCUUCUAAGUGCUGACUCAAGCAACAUGGGCAGAGCCAGAGGAUUGUUUGUGCAGCUGGAACACACCGUGAUCCCAGGGAGAAGACCACGUAUGGAAUUUAUCACAGAACAUGCACGGCCUAUAUUUUCAGACACUCCAUGCUGCCCCGCAAUGUGCAGAGGCUGGGCAGAGACUGGAUCACCCACUGGAAUGGCUCCCAGAUACUCGCCUUGAACAGCCCAGUUUCCAGCUGUGUGAGAUGGGCCGGACACUAUCCUCCCUGGGCCUCCUUUCCACUCCCUAUUUCUGCUGAUUUUUCAGCAAACUGGAGAUUCCCUCCACUUUUUGGACCUUGGAGGCAAUUUCAGAUCUCUAAUUGGCAUCUUGAUAACUACACACAAAGUUGUUGCUUUCACCUGCCCAACCCCAGUAUGAAAUCUGAGGGAGAAGAGCCAUUGACAAAGAAGAGAAGACUCGGUGGCCAGGAUGAUACUUCAACUCCUGAACAAGAAACAAACUUGUCUAAUCAGAAGGACGUAACUUGUCUUUCUGUAGCACAGAAUGAAGAAAAACAUGGCAACAAGAAAGGAACCAUCAAAAGACACUGGGAAUAUUUCUGUCAGCAGAGCAAAACAAUGAAAAUCGCUAAAAAAAAAGGAUGUGACCAAAGCAGUACAGGAAGUGAGGCAGCAUUUGAUUUUACAGUCAUGUCCUACAAUAUUCUCUCCCAGAAUUUGUUGGAAGACAACUCUCACCUGUACAAACACUGCAGGCAGCGAUUGCUAUUCUGGACAUACAGAUUUCCCAACAUCCUACAAGAAAUCAAAGAGCUGGAUGCAGAUGUGCUCUGUUUACAAGAAGUCCAAGAAGACCAUUAUAGAGCAGAGAUCAAGUCAAGUUUGGAGUCCCUGGGGUAUCACUGUGAGUAUAAAAUGAGGACAGGCAGAAAACCUGAUGGCUGUGCCAUUUGCUUCAAAACUUCCAAAUUUAGCCUGAUUUCCUCAAACCCCGUGGAAUUUUUUCGCCGUGAUAUCCCACUCUUGGACAGGGACAACGUUGGACUGGUGUUGCUGCUGCAGCCCAGAUUUCACUGUAAAGCCAAUGCUGCCAUCUGUAUUGCCAACACACACCUGCUGUACAACCCAAGGAGAGGGGACAUCAAACUGACCCAGCUUGCAAUGCUCCUGGCAGAGAUUGCCAGUGUUGCCUCUCAGAAGGAUGGCUCCUUCUGCCCCAUUAUCAUCUGUGGGGACUUCAACUCUGUUCCUGGCUCUCCAUUGUACAGAUUUAUAAAGGAAGGAAAGUUAAAUUAUGAAGGACUUGCUAUAGGGAAGGUCUCUGGACAAGAACAGUUUCCAAGAGGACAAAGAAUCUUAUCUAUUCCAAUUUGGCCAAAAAAAUUAGGUAUUUCACAAAACUGUGUAUAUGAAAUAAAACAUCAACAAAAGGAAGAAAAUGCAGGAAAAAAAUUGGAAGCAGCAAAACCAGACAACACUCAGGAGAUUGUAAUAGCAUCUGAAAAGUUGUCUUCGAAAUUGCGGCACCAUUUUAAAUUGUCUUCAGUCUAUUCUCAUUACUUCCCUGAAACUGGGAUACCAGAAGUGACAACUUGUCAUUCCCGAAGUGCUGUCACCGUGGAUUACAUUUUCUAUUCUGCAGCAAAUGAUGAUACUGCUGCCCAGCCAGGAGCAGAGGAUUCUUUUUGUGGAGGUCUGAAACUUCUUGGCAGGUUGGCACUUGUAACAGAGAAAGAUCUUUGGACUGUUAAUGGUCUUCCCAAUGAAAAUAACUCUUCUGACCACCUGCCACUGCUAGCAGAGUUCAGGCUUAUUGAACGGUAAUAUCCAAAGGACUUUUGGUGUAGGUAAAGUUCCCUUUACCUUCCCUCUUCCUGGGAUGAUUGUUUUUUAAAAGGUUAACUCAAGCACUGCUGGUCCAGUUUAAAUUUGCCUGCAUGCUGAUCUGUUAAUGUUGUGUAGACUUUUAAAGGGACUUAUUUUUUUUUUUUUUAAAUGUUUCAUUUACUUUAUGAAGUCUUUUAGGGAGAAAAAGAAAAGAUUUUACAUCAGCUUCCUCUUUGAUAAAGGAAAACAUCUAUGCCAGACUCACAAUGGCAUUAUUUUUCAUGAAUAUGUUGUAAAUUAUUUUUAUUGUAAAUCACAGUAAAAAGGACUAUUCUGAGAAUUGUGUGUUUCUUCGAGCAAAGGGGAAUGUGUUUAUGUGCCUGCAGCAUUUUAUAAUUAAUUGAAAAUAAUGUUUUACUACAAAUGUGCUCUGUGGACACUUCCAUCUAACAGUUCUGCAAAGGAAUUUACUCAGUGUCAGUGCAGAGGCUUCAAGAUGGAACUUUCAAAGGAAGAAAGGCAAAUAUAGGCAAAUAUUUAUGCUUUAAGAAUUUGCUGGUUAAAAUUCCAAGGGCUUAAAUACAGGUAGCAUUCAAUCUUUUUAAAAUAUCUGAAUCUUUUUUAAAAUAUCUGGAAUAAAGCUAAGCUUAAUGAGCACACCACAUCACAGGAAACUUAACUGAUCUGUUGUAGGAGAAAAAAAAUUAGCCUUUGACAUCUUGAGGUUUCAUACAUAUUGAACAAUUGGUGACAGGGUGGGGUUUUUUCCAUUUAAUUAUUAAAAAUGCCAAGUUGUAUCUUGAAAUGACAGAUCCUGAGGUAUGAAAUGAUCAAGGUUUUGUAUUUACUCUCACUAUGCAUUCUGUGUAAAAUACAAAGUUAUUAAAAAAAACACCAGACUGACUGAAUAGGAAACGUAGAGGGGCUGGAAACAAUUCUUGUAACUCAGUCAAACUCCACAUGGAUGUGUAUGUAGAACCAACUUUGAAGUAACAGAAUUGUCUUUCACUGUAGUGCUGAAAAACCUGCACCCAUUCAGACAUUUGUCUCCCAGAAGCACUUGUGGAAUUUUCAUCUGUGUUCCCUUACUGCAGACAACUGGAAUUACUUUGUGCUUGGAGAAUAGUGCAGGAAGUACAGUGGUAGUAAUAAUAAAACUCAUUGAAUUAAA